AUGGUCUUGGAAUUGAACCAGGUGAUUAUUCCUACUUACGGAACUGUGCCGGACCAGCAAAACCUUCAUACGCCUGAAUGGGCUGAUUUUGAUGAUAAGCCUGACUCCUUGUUCUUCAGCGAUGGGCAGCGAAGAAUUGACUUUGUUUUGGUGUAUGAAGAUGAAAGCAAAAAAAUGACUCAUAAGAGGAGUGAUCGUAAAAAGCAAAAGAGGAAGAGACAAGUAUAUGAAUCAAACCUGAUAAACAAUGGCUUGCAACUUGAAGCAACGAGAUCGGUUUUGGAUGAAAAACUUAUUUUUGUGAAAGUGCAUGCACCUUGGGAAGUGCUGUGCACAUACGCUGAGGUUAUGCACAUCAAAUUACCUCUGCAACCCAAUGACCUGAAAACCCGAGACUCAGCUUUCAACUGGUUUAGUAACCUCUUCAGAGUGGAUGAAAAUAUCAUCAAGCCUGAGCAAGAGUUUUUCACUGCCCCUUUUCAAAAGGAACAUUUGUCCAACUUUUAUAUUCAAGACAAAGACACGUUUUUCAAUCCUGCAACUAGAAGCCGAAUUGUUCAUUUUAUCCUGUCCCGUGUGGAAUAUGCAACCAAAAACAAUGUGAAAAAGUUUGGCAUUAACAAAUUACUGGACACUGGAAUCUACAAAGCGGCAUUUCCCCUUCAUGACUCUAGUUUUAGGCACCUGUCAACCGAUCCUGACUGCCCAAGUGAACGAUAUCUUCUUUACAGAGAAUGGGCUCAUCCUAAAAAUAUUUUCAAACUGCAACCCUUGGAUUUCAUCAGGAAAUACUAUGGAGAGAAAAUUGGAAUCUACUUUGCUUGGCUGGGCUUUUACACUAAUAUGCUGAUCGUGGCUGCAGUUGUAGGAGUUGGCUGUUUUCUGUACGGAUGCCUGACAAAGGACAACUGCACGUGGAGCCAAGAAGUAUGUGAUCCCAACAUAGGAGGUAAUAUCAUUAUGUGCCCUCAGUGUGAUAAAGUAUGUACCUACUGGAACCUCACCAUCACUUGUGAAUCGUCCAAGAAACUCUGCAUAUUUGAUAGCUUUGGAACACUGGUGUUUGCAGUAUUUAUGGGAAUAUGGGUUACUUUGUUUUUAGAGUUUUGGAAGCGACGGCAAGCUGAGCUGGAGUAUGAAUGGGACACAGUGGAGUACUUGGAGCAAGAAGAACAAGUUCGCCCAGAAUAUGAAGCUCGAUGCACUCAUGUAGUAAUGAAUGAAAUCACACAGCAAGAAGAACAUGUGCCAUACACUGCCUGUGGGAAGUGCAUACGGAUGACUUUCUGUACAAGUGCAGUCUUCUUCUGGAUUCUUUUGAUUAUUGCUUCAGUUAUUGGAAUCAUUGUCUACAGACUCUCAGUUUUCCUGGUGUUCUCUGCAACAUUGUCACAGCACAUUAGUGGAACGGAAGCAAUCCGCAAGUACCUGACUCCGCAGACAGCCACUUCAGUAACUGCUUCGCUCAUCAGCUUUAUCGUCAUUAUGGUUCUCAAUGUCAUCUAUGAAAAAGUGGCAAUCCUGAUUACUGACUUCGAGCUUCCAAGGACACAGACCGAUUAUGAAAACAGCCUGACCACAAAGAUGUUCUUGUUCCAGUUUGUCAACUACUAUUCUUCAUGCUUCUACAUAGCCUUCUUUAAGGGUAAAUUUGUAGGUCACCCUGGAAAUCCAGUUUAUUGGCUAGGAAAGUAUCGCAAUGAAGAGUGUGAUCCAGGUGGAUGUCUCCUCGAACUCACAACUCAGCUUGCCAUCAUAGUAGGAGGCAAAGCCAUCUGGAACAACAUUCAAGAAGUGCUUCUUCCUUGGGUUAAGAAUCUAAUUGGAAGAUACUGUGCAGCUGCUAGAUCAGAAAAAGUUGUUCCACGCUGGGAACAGGACUACCAUCUGCAGCCCCUUGGAAAACUUGGACUGUUUUAUGAGUAUCUUGAAAUGGUUAUACAGUUUGGCUUUGUCACUCUGUUUGUGGCGUCAUUCCCUCUGGCUCCUCUUCUGGCUCUUAUUAACAACAUGUUGGAAAUCCGGUUGGAUGCGUGGAAGCUGACGACCCAGUUCAGGCGCAUGGUUCCACAGAAGGCACAAGACAUCGGCGCCUGGCAGCCCAUCAUGCAAGGCAUAGCCAUUCUGGCAGUGGUCACCAAUGCUAUGAUAAUUGCUUUUACAUCUGACAUGAUUCCUCGAUUGGUUUAUUACUGGUCCUUUUCAGUCCCUCCUUAUGGGAGUCACAGCAGUCACACUAUGAAAGGGUAUAUAAACAGUACGCUUUCUGUCUUCAAUAUAUCAGACUUCAAGAAUACAAGCAAGCCAUUUUCCCCUUGGUUUGGGAACCAAACGACAUGCAGAUACCGGGAUCUCCGCUACCCUCCUGGUCACCUGCACCAAUAUGAGCAUAACAUAUACUACUGGCAUGUCAUUGCAGCCAAGCUGGCUUUCAUCAUUGUCAUGGAGCAUGUCAUAUACUUUGUGAAGUUUAUUAUUUCAUAUGUAAUUCCGGAUGUAUCACAAAAGACCAAGAGCAAGGUCAAACGAGAGAAGUACCUAACACAGAAACUCUUGCAUGAGAACGAUCUCAAAGUUGUGAAAAAAAACAUCGGGAAAAUAGCCGACAAAAUUAUCAAAGGAGUAGACAGCACUUUCCGACCUAAAGCUGAAUAAGUCCUUUUUUAUGUGGAAUAACAGUAUUUAGCAACCUAAUACCUGUCCAGAUAUUACCAAUAGCUAAUCAAACACUUUGGAUUAAUUCCCUUUACUAAACAUUGUUUCUUGCAACUGUUACCUGGUCAUUUACCUGUUUCCCUUGGACAAAUGCAACCACUGUGACUCAGAUAAGAGUUACCAAUUUUUUAAACAGCUUUAGUAGGACAUAUUUUUUUAACAUGUGAAGAUAAAAAUUAUUUAGCAUCUUAAGAUGACGCAGAUUAAUUCUCAAAUAUAUAGAGUGCUUUCCACUUUAUUUAAGCAUCGGCUGUUAGAUCUCUUGUUUGACUUGAAUAAAACCUUAAGAACAAGAACGGUUUGUUGUAAGAAUACCAUCACGUCUUCUGAAGGAGUUUUGAUUACUUGCUAAUGCAAACCCCAACUAUAAAAUGAAGAGGAAAAGCCAAAACAUGAAGGAAAGAGAAGGAAAAUACAAUGCAAAAUCAUGUUGUUAAGCCAUUGGAAUUGACACACUAAAAGCUGUCGCGUGCUACACUGAAUUAGCUAUGCAUACUGAGACUUAAACGGAUAACAAGAUAUUUCAAUUAAUCAUGGACUUGGAUCACAAGAAGCAGCAGGAAUGUAAGCCCAUCCUGUUCAUCAAUCUCUGUGUAAACAGGAGAAUUGCCUUUGAAAUCAAUGCAUACAAACUGACUUUACAGCACCCAGAGUGAGUAGAAAACUCAGGCAUUUUAUCUUUCCCCAGUCAAUGUACUUUCGUUAGUUCACUUGCCCGUUCUGCUCUGAAUGACCAUAGCCUUGAAGGUCUCCUACCUGUAACAGUAAUGAGUGUUAAAAGUCUUUUCACGUAGUAAAUCAAUAUUUGUGGAGGGCUGUCUUUUGCAUUUCUCCCACACCAGAGGCACCGUGCUCUUCCCUGAUAGAUUUUGACAUAGGAAGAAUGUGCAGCUGGACCUGUUGUGAUACAACGUUGUGUGAUAAAGUGACCUCUGACAAGACCAUGAAUCUAUUGAAACUGGAGAUUGGAAUAAACCAUUUAAUAUGCCUUAACCAUGUUAGGAAGCUUUAAAUAACUAGGAAGGAUGUUAGCAGUGUGGAUACACGUGCUAGAGCCAUCAGUCACCUCCAAAUUAGGCUGCAGAUCUGCUUGGCUCUUUUGGCUCCAGUUGCAAAAUGGGGAUUAGGGAAUUACAGAUUAAGCAUGUAUGUAGAGCUCUGCUUUGUGUCUGCAGCGGUGAUAUUCCAGAUUAUUAAAUUGUUUUCUCUUUUAACAAUUUUAGUGAACCAAUUUCUGCAAAUUCUGAAAACCAAAAUCUUGUUAAAAAAGCAAAAGUGUGCCUAUGCUCUGUAAACCAGGUGAUUACUAUUGCGUUUGUAAUUUUGUACUCUUCUUAAAUGUAAUAGAUUUGCAGAAUUUUUAGGCAGAUUAUUCAUAUAGCUUUUUACAUAUUAAGAAGUUCAGUUGCAGAAACUAUGUAGCUUUUAUAAGAUGUAUUUUAUCCCGCUAAUAAUCAAAAGGAAUCAAACAUCUGAAUUUUGUGGCAAAACUUCCAAAUGCUGACUGCUGUGUGCCUCAAGCCUAUCCUUUGAAACGGCAACUUUUAAACCAGAAGAGGUAGCACAUGAAGGGAGUCCUCUCAGCAGUCAUGAUACACAAACUUUCACUCAGCAAGACUUUGCAUGAUUGCAUGGAAGAACGUGAGAGGAAAGCUUGGUUCAAAAAUCAAGGAAAGAUGAAAGAAACUCGCAGGUUCCAGAGAACCACUUGCAUUUCUGACACUGAAGGACUGAAGCUUACUUAUUAUAAUGCCCAGAAAACUUUGUGUAGAAAACCACCUGAAGACAAAAAAAGAUGCAGGACAGAAAACCAAGAUAGACCAUAUGAUAAAUGACAGUCAACCAGAGCAGUGAUGGAACCAGUGCUUCUUUGCACAGGGAAUUCUACCCUUUGCCAUUUGUUUUGCUUUCACCAGAAAUCAUAGCAAGUCUUUAAUUUGCCACGAAGCAAAUAUAAAUUGGGCAAAUGGACAAACACUCAGAAGUUUCUAAACAAGACAGACUUUCUUAUCAAAAUAUAUCCCCUCAAUACUGGUUUGACUUUUUCCCUGGAUCACAGGAUGGUUGGGGGUGAAAGGACCUCUGGAGGUAAUCUGGUCCAACCCCCGCCUUGCUCAGGCAGGGCCACCUAGAGCUGGCUGUCCAGGACCAUGUCCAGACAGCUUUUGAGUAUCUCCAAAGAUGGAGACUCCACAACCUCCCCAGGCAACCUCUGCCAGUGCUCGGUCACCCUCACAGUGAAAAAGUGUUUCUUGAUGUUCAGAGGGAACCUCCUGUGUUUUGUGCCCAUUGCCUCUGGUCCUGUCACUGCAUAGUGUACCAAACUUCUGUUUAAAACAAACUUUUGUCCAGAAAACUGUUUCGUGGGACAAUUUUAGUGAAGUACUCAGGACUUCCCUGUGCAAAAUGAGUUUGGUUAGAAAGGCCAGUCAGCUCCUUGCAGACUUGCAGCUUUUGAUUUUAGCUUUGAACUGGCUCUUUACCAGCUGCAGUUGUGUUCAGCUGAGAUGCCAUUUUCAUACCCCAGUCAGUGAUGACAGUGUCAACGUGCCUUAAACAUCCUUUCAGGUGUGGUGUUGGAGGGCUGGGGCAGUCAAGGAGGCAUCCUGUGAUAAAGAAAAAAAAAUGCAGCACAAAAUGGACCAUUUCAGGUAAUUAUUUGGUCUUAAGGAAGCAUUUAUUGCCCUCUUUGAGAGGUAAAGAGACUGGGAAACAAAGGAAUUAAGUGCCUUUCCUGGGGUCACACUGUGAGCGGUGUCAGAGCUUAAGGCUAAUUUUCCCUGGUCUUCUGCUCCUCCUUUGGUUCCUGUGGCCUCUCUCAGUUGCCUCUUUUUUUUACAUCAGUUGGCAGCCUUUCCAAAAGGGAGAGUUGGCCCUCAGUGUCAUCGAGCGUUUAUAUUCCUGCCUUUAAAAUAAUGGUUUUAAAAAACAUGCUACAUCAGCAAAGCGUGUAAAUCUAUGACUUGGGCUCCUCCCAUAAUAAAUUCUAAUCAGCUUUGGGUGUGUUUUUACGUUCCCAUUUUUGUUCAGAUCAAGAGCGUACUUUUGAAACUAGUCUUCCCCUUGUCCCCGCUUUCUGGGCAGUGCUUCUUAUCACAGACUGGUCUCAGGGCACAUGGACUGAAUUCCUCUUGGUUUAAACUGAACCAGAAGGCAGGUUUUAAUGGUCUCUGACAGGGACUUAGUCCAGAGAGCUAGGCUGAAGAGAGCAGUGAGUACUGCAUGGGCAUCAACCAGUCAACGUCAACUUCUUGCUCUAGUGGUUUGCUUCUGAAAUGCCACGCUUCUUGCUAAUGUAGCUCUAACAUUUCAUUUCAGAAGACAGUAUAUCAGGAAUUCAGUUCCGUUUGCCAUACGCACAGUGUUAUUCACAGCACAGUUCUGUGAGAGAAAGAAGAGGAAAACGAACAGAGUGCCUAAUUGCAUUUUAGUAGUAGGGUCUCUUAAGCUCUGCAAUUUCUGUAGCCUCUACCUCCAACUGCUGAAAUGCGCUCUGCUUGUACACAGGGCGCUCUGCGCAGGCAUCAGAACAAAACACUGGGGGGGCACUUGCCAACAUAUGAGUAUUUGUAACUUUCUUUUUUUUUAGGCUAGGUCACUUUAAUAAUAUUUGAAGAUCUGCUUGAAGGGAAAAACAGAAUUUGUUUUAAACUAUGAAUCAAUUUUACUCUUUUUUACACUUUAUAUGUAGGCCAGACUCUUACUUUGUACAGAUUUGUUGAAGUCAGGGUGAAUUUGGACCAGUGACCAUUUCAUUGCCUUAACAAGCACCAUAAAUUACAGACCGUCGCCACUGUUUUAGACUCUGUGUAUGUUGAUAAAAUUCAGAAUGUAAGAAUGUAUUUUUUGUAUUUUUUCUAAGAAUGUUUGCUAUUAGUUUCUGAUUAUAAAGAUUUCUUUGUAUUUAUUGUCAUUAAAUAAAGUCUAUUUUAAAAUUACAAUACAUCUGAUGUUGAUUAGCAUUGUUU